AGAUAAACAUACUGAAACAGAGCUGCUUCAUCAUAUUUGAGGACAGUUCUAAAUCCUGGGUUCUCUGGAAGGACAUCCAAACAGGCAGGAGCCACUGGGAGUGGGGAAAUGGUCUGCACAAUAUGUCAAGAAGAAUAUUCAGAAGCUCCCAAUGAAAUGGUUAUAUGUGAUAAGUGUGGUCAAGGGUAUCAUCAGUUGUGUCAUACACCUCAUAUUGAUUCGAGUGUGAUUGAUUCAGAUGAAAAAUGGCUCUGUCGACAGUGUGUGUUUGCAACAACAACAAAGAGGGGUGGUGCACUUAAGAAAGGACCACAUGCCAAAGCACUGCAAGUCAUGAAGCAGACGCUGCCCUACAGCGUGGCCGACCUCGAGUGGGAUGCAGGCCAUAAAACCAAUGUCCAGCAGUGCUACUGCUAUUGUGGAGGCCCUGGAGACUGGUACUUAAAGAUGCUACAGUGCUGCAAAUGUAAGCAGUGGUUUCAUGAGGCCUGUGUGCAAUGCCUUCAGAAGCCAAUGCUGUUUGGAGAUAGGUUUUAUACAUUUAUUUGCUCUGUCUGCAGUUCUGGACCAGAAUACCUCAAACGUCUGCCAUUACAGUGGGUAGAUAUAGCACACCUAUGCCUUUACAACCUAAGUGUUAUUCACAAGAAGAAGUACUUUGAUUCUGAACUUGAGCUUAUGACAUACAUUAAUGAAAACUGGGAUAGAUUGCACCCUGGAGAGCUGGCAGACACACCCAAAUCUGAAAGAUAUGAGCAUGUUCUGGAGGCAUUAAAUGAUUACAAGACCAUGUUUAUGUCUGGGAAAGAAAUAAAGAAGAAGAAGCAUUUGUUUGGGUUGCGAAUUCGUGUUCCUCCUGUGCCACCAAAUGUGGCUUUCAAAGCAGAGAAAGAACCAGAAGGAACAUCCCAUGAAUUUAAAAUUAAAGGCAGAAAGGCAUCCAAACCUUUAUCUGAUUCAAGGGAAGUAAGCAAUGGGAUAGAAAAGAAAGGGAAGAAAAAGUCUGUAGGUCGUCCUCCUGGCCCAUAUACAAGAAAAAUGAUUCAAAAAACUGCUGAGCUACCUUUGGAUAAGGAAUCAGUUUCAGAGAAUCCGACGUUGGAUUUAUCUUGUUCUAUAGGGAGAACUGAGGGAAUUGCACAUUCAUCCAAUACCUCAGACGUGGACCUCACGGGUGCUUCCAGUGCGAAAGAAACUACCUCCUCUAGCAUUUCCAGGCAUUAUGGAUUAUCCGACUCUAGAAAAAGAACCCGCACGGGAAGACCAUGGCCUGCUGCAGUACCACAUUUGCGGAGACGGAGAGGGCGCCUUCCAAGAAGAGCACUCCAGACUCAGAACUCAGACGUUGUAAAAGAUGAUGAAGGCAAAGAAGAUUAUCAAUUUGAAGAAUUUAAUACAGAAAUCCUGAACAACCUAGCAGAUCAGGAGUUACAACUCAAUCACCUGAAAAACUCUAUCACUAGUUAUUUUGGUGCUGCAGGUAGAAUAGCAUGUGGCGAAAAGUACCGAGUUUUGGCUCGUCGCGUGACGCUGGACGGAAAGGUGCAGUACCUUGUGGAGUGGGAAGGAGCCACCGCGUCCUGACUGUAGGACUGAGUGGUGGUCACUGCACUCAUUUUCUGUUGGUUCAGUUCAAAGCCCUAAGGGAGUGUGGAUUUUACUAGCAUUCUCAAACAAACAAACACACACACACACA